AUGGCCAACGAUGAAUAUGAUGUACGGACUGCCCCUCCCUUGCCCCUCGAUAUUGCUGCGCAAUCACUAACGAUAGGGGCCCUGCCGCCCGUGACAGUUCCUCUUCAAAGCCGAUUUACCCGAAAUGAGUUCAACCUGGACUCCAAGUCCACCAUCGGUGUCGAAUUUGCCACCAGAUCGAUUCAGGUCGAUUCCAAAACAAUCAAGGCGCAGAUUUGGGAUACUGCUGGACAGGAACGCUAUCGCGCUAUUACGUCUGCCUACUACCGUGGUGCUGUCGGUGCCCUACUCGUCUACGACAUCAGCAAACAUCAGACUUACGAGAACGUCACCCGAUGGCUGAAGGAGCUGCGGGAUCACGCCGAUGCUAACAUUGUCAUUAUGCUCGUCGGCAACAAAAGCGAUUUGAGGCAUCUCAGGGCUGUGCCCACUGAUGAAGCCAAAUCCUUUGCCAGUGAAAAUCACUUGUCAUUCAUCGAGACGUCAGCUUUGGAUGCCAGCAACGUUGAGCUUGCCUUCCAAAACAUCCUCACUGGUACGGAAUCUAUUUUCAUUGGUGUGCCAUUAAGGCUCUCGACAGCGGCGAUGGCGCUCAGGCCACGAUCGGAGCUGGAACCAACAUCUCGCUCAGCAAGCCGGCUGACGACGAGUCCGCUAAGAGCGGCAAAUGCUGCUAAUCAAUCUCAGCACACAGCCCACCACAGUUAUGCGUGGGCUUGGGAUAGAUACCACAUGUCUCGCACGGCUGUUGGGAACGCAUGGGAAGAGUCUUUCGGCGCAGAAUUGAGGAAAUGA